ACACAUCUCGCCGCCGGGAAAAACUAGAAGGAAAUAUAGAGAUGGAUUGCGAAACCCUAAUUGAAUCGGCGAUCAGGAUUCUGAACACAUCAGACCCGCACGAAAAAGCACGACUUGGCGAUUCGAUAGCCGUGAAAUGGCUUCAAGGUGCAAUCGCCGAACCCUACGAUCCCACCGUCGACUUCCCCGUCCCGGACAGACCGGCUCGACUUCCGGUGAAACUGGUGUCUCCAAGUUUGAUGCCGAAGCUGGGAAGAGCUGGUAGCUUACAGAGCAGGCAAGCAAUUGUUCAUAGUCUUGCUCAUACUGAAAGUUGGGCUAUUGACUUAUCUUGGGAUAUAAUUGCUCGUUUUGGCAAGCAAGAGAAGAUGCCAAGAGACUUCUUUACGGAUUUUGUUCGUGUUGCUCAGGACGAAGGUCGUCACUUCACUUUGCUUGCAGCUCGGCUUGAGGAAAUUGGUUCUAGUUACGGUGCAUUGCCUGCUCAUGACGGUCUUUGGGACUCUGCUACUGCCACAUCUCACGAUCUUUUGGCUCGUUUGGCUAUAGAGCAUUGCGUUCACGAGGCUAGAGGGCUUGAUGUACUGCCCACAACGAUAUCUCGGUUUAGGAAUGGAGGCGAUAACGAGACAGCAGAUUUACUAGAGAAAGUUGUGUACCCUGAAGAAAUCACUCACUGUGCAGCUGGAGUAAAAUGGUUUAAGUAUCUAUGUGAACGGUCCAAGGAUCCUGAAUUCACCAUCAGCAGCAAAGAAUCAGAUGAUAGCAAUGAAGAGAUAAUCAACAAGUUUCAUUCGGUUGUAAGGGAGCAUUUCAGAGGACCGUUGAAACCGCCUUUUAAUGCUGAAGCAAGAAAAGCUGCUGGCUUUGGUCCUCAAUGGUAUGAACCUCUUGCUGUCAAAGAGAGCAAUGCCUAGCAAAAUCCAACAAGUCUACUGCUUUUCUUCUUAUCUUUUCACAUACUUGAUGUUUCAACACUGUUGUUACCAACUUACCACGGUUUUGUGAAAGGAGCACUCAUGCUUGAAUUCAGUAUCUCAUGUA